AAGUUGAGAACGACAAAAGCAUCAGAGCAAGCAACCAACAGAAAUGGCAACCACAACGGCUGCGUUCAAAGCUACCGAUUAUGACUACGUGGACGAGAUUAACCAAAAUCUCUUAUGUCCUAUAUGUUAUUGUCCGUUUAUUACCCCAGUUUCGUCCCCAUGUGGUCAUACCUUCUGCCAAGACUGUAUAACGUUUGCUCUAGCUUCAACACCCACACCAUCUUGCCCCAUUGACCGCACCCCCCUUUCCCUGACACAAGUGACACCCGCUGCGAAACUGAUAUCGAGCCUUCUCGAUGAGCUGCAAGUGUUUUGCCCGAAUCGCAAAGACGGGUGUACGUGGAUUGGACAGCGGCAAUCCUUAAAUUCGCAUUUGUCUGUGCAUUGUCUGUAUGCACAGGUAGGAUGUGAGUUGGACGGGUGUCAGGAAGGUGUCCGGCGAAGUGAGCUUGAGAGCCACAUGCGGGAGUGCAGUUACCGAGCAGAGGCAUGUACUCGAUGUAACCGGACGAUUAGAAAGAGGGAUUUUGCGGUGCAUGUCAGCGAGUGUUCAGCAGGCACCGCGUCCUGCAUGCACUGCAAACGAGAUAUCCUUCGAUCAGACUUGGCAGGGCACAUAAAUGAUUGCCCAGAAGCAAUAGUUUCUUGCACUCAUGUCCGACAUGGGUGCUCAUGGGAGGGCCACCGCAAAUUGUUGAAUGAGCAGCACCUCAUCACGUGUCCCUUUGAGGCCAUAAAGGGGUUCUUUAGGAUCCACGAUCAACGCCAGCAAGCAGUGGAAGAAGAAAAUAGGGAGCUCCGUCGCCAACUUGCAGAUCUACAACAGCAAGUUGAAGCGCUUCGCGAGCGUCCGCUGGUGAUAUCACCGCCAGAAGCUGCGAUGGUACCACCCAUCGUUGGCGAAACAGCGGACAGGAUUGGUCAACUACUGGCUGAGACAGACCAGUUGCGCUCAGAUUUGGUCAAUCUGAGCGCUGGAUUUUCAGCAAUGGAAAUGAGGCAGGACAUGGCACUGCUCUGCGAAACAUCUCGAUUGCGGGAAGAAAUGCAUUCUGUGCGGGCUUUAUGUCAAGCUGUACAAUCGCAACUCAUUAAUUUUGCGUUGGAUCGGCGAAAGGAGGCAUCUGCCUCAUCAUCCACUAGCAAGUCGGUCCUUAGCUCGGCUAUCAGUGCGCUCGCAGGAGGGUCAUCGGAAGGGGCAUCCGCGAGUAGGGGCAGUCAUAGAGAUGACACGGAUCGGUCUCGAACCAUGAUAUCCCAGUUUCGCCAGGAUGGGAGCACGAAACUUUGAGUGGAUGAUAUAAUACCAAUAAUGUACAUAUAUGCUGGAUACUAAGCCGUUCCUGCGCAGUUUCAAAAGCUAAUCACCAUCGGGCCAUGUCGCACGAGGUUUUUCCUCCUUGAGCAA